AAAUGAAGAAAAAAGGGGAAAAAAGAAAAGAAAAAAAAGAAAAUCAAAACUUGAAAAGGGUGCGCAGUGUUCCUCGAAGAAGCUCGUUCAACGCGUGCAGCCCUAGUUAGGGUUUUCUCAUACCCGAUUUGUAAGAGCCUCCGUUUUCGGAUUCAUCUUUCGUGUGAUCUCAGCGCUGGAUCCGUAUCGUUAUCCUCCGUCGACCGAAGCGCCUUUUGCUCGAUCGUUCAGCGAUCUCGGAAACAUGUACGGACCGAGGGGGGCAAUGUUGGGAAGCGGGGGGGUUUCGGACGGGUACGAGGUUGGCUCAAAGAGACAAAGAAUGAUGGAAUCCAAUCCAUACUUCGCAGUGAGCAGCGGAGCAGGCAGCUUUCAACCUUAUGGAUAUGCUGGUGGCUUCCAGCCUCCUCCUCCCUUUCCUGUGGUUCGUCUCAGGGGGCUUCCAUUUAACUGCACCGAUAUUGACAUUUUGAAGUUCUUUGCUGGACUGACCAUUGUGGAUGUGUUGCUGGUCAACAAGAGUGGUCGUUUCUCAGGAGAGGCCUUUGUAGUCUUUGCAGGAGCAAUGCAGGUUGAGUUUGCUCUACAGAGAGAUCGACAGAACAUGGGUCGUAGAUAUGUGGAAGUAUUCAGGUGUAAGAAGCAGGAUUAUUACAAUGCUGUUGCUUCUGAAGUCAAUUAUGAAGGAAUAUACGAUAAUGACUACCAUGGAAGCCCUCCUCCAUCUCGGUCCAAGAGGUUCAGUGAUAAAGACCAAAUGGAAUACACUGAGAUAUUGAAGAUGCGUGGACUUCCAUUCGUAGUGACUAAAUCUCAAAUUGUUGAAUUUUUUAAAGAUUUCAAGCUGAUAGAAGAUAGGGUACACAUUGCAUGUCGCCCAGAUGGGAAAGCUACUGGAGAGGCAUAUGUGGAGUUUGUUUCUGCUGAUGAGGCUAAGAGAGCAAUGUGCAAGGAUAAAAUGACCAUCGGAUCAAGGUAUGUGGAGCUGUUUCCUUCUACACCAGAUGAAGCUAGACGAGCAGAGUCAAGAUCUAGGCAGUAAUUGAGAUAUUUUGCCAGGGAUUAUGUAUCUUGUUUUUAGGUCUUUAACCUUGUUACUCCUUUUGGUGAUACUACAAUCUUCUAUAUUAGAUUAUGUACUUCUAUUAUUAGUUCGACUUGCUGGUUAUAUUUGAAUGUCUGAAAUGGAUGCAUUAAUUGAUUGUUUAUAGAAAGGGCCUUAGAAUAUGCGGUUUCAGUAAAUUGUGUAGCCCCCCAAAGUUCCUUUCAGACAUGGCAGGCUUUUGU